UGUGGAUGCCAGAAUGGGUCGUGUGUAAACCCGGCAGUGCCGGGUGUCCGGAAGCUUGUGCAAGUCGCGUGUCAGAGAUUCUGCAAGACUUCGGGAACGAACUGCACAAAAUGACUCUUUUCCAGAAGAGAGCAGUGGCUGGAAAAGCGUAAGGGCGAACAGGAGACGAGAAACGCGGGGUUUGUGCGCCAGAACCUUGCACAUGCGUUCGCGAAUUUAGUCGAAAGGCCCGUGGCCGCGAACCCUAAACGGCGUUUACCACGGGCUAUCGGCAUUUUUCCGGUUUUCCAGUCAGGGCUUCCACUCGAAUGAAUGGGGGGAGCGAAGUCUGUCUACAAAACAAAUGACUGCGCCUUCUUCAUCGGGCUGUCGCGUGCCCUCUAUGUGUGUGUGUACUGCCGCUUGCGUUGUUGUCGGCUUUCGAGGAGCAUCUGGAAAAAAAGCUCAGUCCUUUGGCCUUUUGCGUCGUAGAAAAAAGUGACUUUCCGUUGACUUUCUCGAAAGCACGUGGAUUGUCUGGCGUCGAGACACUGCGUUUUCCAUAAAAGAGUGACAGGGCGCCUUAACCGCUCUCUAGACUUCCCAGAAGUCUCACCCCUCGGGUGCCUGUCCGCCGCGUUUCUUUGCCCGUCUCCUCACAAGCAGCUCGAGAUCGUCGACGUUUGUUUUUUUCCCCCAACCGACUCCAGCCUCUGUAAUUUAUUUCUUCAACGGUUCUGAAGUCGCAACGGUUAGCUGGUUCUGCAGGGAUCUGCGCGCCCCAGCAUUUUCUCCGCGGACGGGCGCUCGUGGUCUGCCCUUGUUUUCCUUUCUCUCUUCACUUCAGUAGCUCCUCGUGGUGCGAGCCUUCCAUUGUCAAAGUUCCGUGUUUCCCAUCUCAAAAUCGCGUUUCGAACCUGCAUCGGCAUCGCGGGCGCGGCGUACUUUGCCGUUGCUUCGUUUCGUAUCCAAGGCCUGCCCGUCGGCGCCGUGCGUCUCAGUGGAAAGCGAAGCGGGAUCUCACUUUGAAUUUUCGACUUCGACGACCGUGCGAACAGCCUGUUUCGCUCGGGGUGUCACGCUACGUCUCUUGCCGUCCGCCUUCCUGUCGCGGCUGCGAGACUUUCGGCGUCGCUGUCGAGAAUGACGAGUGGUUGGAGCGCAGAUUUCCUGCAGGGCGCAUCUGGUGCCUGGAAGCAGCAGCAUCUGCAGCAGCACGAGCAGCUCGCAGAGCGCCUCGCGUUUCUCCGACAGAAAGAAGCCCAGCUGGAGGCUGAGCUUCAGCGCGUUUCUGCUGCCGCGCUCCGCGAACCUCACGCAUCUUCUCUUCUGCCCCCACACGGAGGAGAGUUUCGUUUUUCAGCGGAGGAAGUCCGUACGUCUCUUCCUGCCUCCCCGCGAGGCGUUCCCCUCCCUGGUGUCUCUACAUUCCAGGAGGGUGGGCUAUGUCCAGCGGCGUUCCCGCGCUCCGCGGCCGCGACCCAGGCUUCAAAGGAACUGGCUUCCCCCGCAGGUCCGCAGGUCUCCGCAACUUGCGCUCUCCUCAGUUCUCGAUCUGAAGCUGAGUUGGAGAUGCGCGGUCUCUCGAGUCACCGAAUCUUCGCAGAGCCGCCGUCUCGAAGACCUACGACGCUCACCGCGGCCGCGCCAGACGGAGACCGAGCAGACGCAGGAGACAGGACCGAGAGACCGGAGAGAAGAGACAGAGGAGAGGGAGGAGAGAGGAAGGUGUGCUUUGCAGAGAAGCCGCGAGGUGGAGAGGAGAUAAACAGAGAGGCCUCAAGCCUCAUCUGUGCAGAGGGCGGGGGGGGUUUGGAGGACGAAGGCGGCGGAGGUGGUCGACUGCAACUGCUGGAACAACGACGCAUGCAGUUGCUUCAAGAAAAAGCGACAGUCAAGGAAAUGCAGCAGCAGUACGGACAGCUGCUCGAGGAACUUCAGCAGCAACAACAACAGAGACAACAGCAACUGCUGUUCCAGCUUCAGCCUCCCGAAGGCCUUCACUGCGGACCCGCCGGCAAACAGGCGCUACGCCAGUUCUUCGAACAGGCGUACAUGCUGAGCAGGCCGUCGUGCGCGUCGACGGUCCAGUCGUCUUCGUCGAGCGAUCCCCGUCUGUCGAGUUCUCCUUGUCCGGCAAAGGCGGCGUUUUCUUCUUUCUCUGCUCCCAAUGACCUCCCGUCGACGUUGUCGAGUCCAGCGUCUUUGUUUCCUAGCGCAGCUGCCGUGACUCUCCCUCCUACGAGUUCUUCGACGCAUCCAGUGGCCUUCCUCCCAACGUCUUCGUCUCCUGUCGCCCCGCACUCUGCAUGGUCUUCUGGAGGAGACUGUUCUCGAGGUUCGCCUCCGCUUCUCUCCAACGUCUCUCCGGCCCUGGUCGUGUGUCGCCGCUGGCAGGCGACGCAGGGAUUGGGAGACUCGCGGGCGGCGGCACUCGUCUCGCUGCUGAGGGCGAUGGGCGUGAAGCGAAACGCGACCUACCGGGGCGUCUUCGAGACGGCGUUGAGACCGAAGCUGAUUCUGCGCGCGCUCAAGCUCCGGAGCGUGCUGCGUCGCUUCUUCGGAGACACCCGACGCGGCGCAUGCGCGAAACUCGCGGGCGACAGUCCCGACCGCGAAGGCGUCGACCUCGCCCGGCUCAAGGCCCGCGUCGUCCCCCACCUCGGACCUCAUGGAGAGACAGUCUGGAGCGACUGGCUCUCCGAAGAAGGAGCCGAGAAGAACGCAGCAGAGGCGGCGAAGAGGUUUGGCGCGCAGGCGCCCGGGUCGGAGGCUCGCGCGGCUCAGGGCUCUGCUGGCCAAGGCUGCGAGGAGCAGAAAGCCUUGUUUGCCGAGGAAGAAGAGACGGGAGGCGAGAGGCGCCUCGGCGGAGGUCUGCCGCAACCGCCGACGGACGGCGAGCGCACAGACCACGAGGCUCUACGCGCGAUCGACUUGCUGUACAGAGCAGUGAACCGACUCGCACCGAUGUUUCAGGUCCGCCCUCUCCAGCCGAUUCUCGCCGCGAUGGUCGACGCGCUUCAGCCGCUGCCGCUGCCGCCCGCAGUGCUCAAACUCCUUCUCGACGACACACCGGCAGCUCGCGACUUCUACAAGAUUGCUCACACGCAAACGAAGCACUUGAUUUGGCUUCAGCAACCCUGGAAAUUCUUCGCAGAGGUGUCAGACGAACUCGACGCAUGCGUCGCCAUUCUGAACGCGACCUCGGGGGUCUCCGCCCGCGACCCCAAAGGGCCGCUGUCUCUCUCUGCGCCUGCGUGUUCGAAGGAGCUGGGGGGAGAGAAGAGCUCGGGGCGCCUUGUGCCCGGCCUUGGCAGACAAGAAGGCUCUUCUCGAGGACUGGAUAGUUCUUUUUCCGGAAUCGAGGAGACGGUUAUCGAGGGUGCGUCUCCCGGCGAGCUUCUCGAGAAGCACAUUCAGAGACUUUUGGAUCUGGUGGACGGGAACCCUGCGAUCUACAGUCUUCUCAUGUUGUUCCUUCGACUCAAGUUCAUUCUGUCGCUUCUCCCGCCGCGCGAAUACGUGAUUGACUUGCGAACGAAAGCUGGGAAGAACGCGCAACUCGCGGGCCCUGCACUCCUUCCUUCUGGAGGCGAGAAAGGCUGGGGAGGCGCAGCCGGCGGACACUAUAUUCCGAUCGUUCGCAUGGCUGACGGCGCGGAGGCGGCGUCGGGGUUUCCUCGACGUUGUGUGGCGCCUCGAGUUUCUUCUCCGGAGAAGAAGCUCGAGGCGCCGCUUGUUAAGUCGCUUGCUGGAACUUCCAAGUCGCAGUCGCGCUCUGGCCUUCCUCAGUCGCCAGGGCCGGCCGAAGUGAGUGCGAACAGCGACCCGGAUUCGGGUGUAUGUACACCGGCGGACGACGGCGACAACAAGGACAAACAGGCCGCGUCGAGCCUGCUUCUCCCCGAGCGCGAGGGAGGCGUCGACGGCUUCAGCCAAGGCGACGAAUGUGCACCGGACGGAGGCGGGCAGAAGGGAUCGAACGGAGACAGACAAGAGAGAGAGCAGCGCGGAGAAAGAGAUCAAGGAGGCUCACGGGGAAGCCGAGGAGCCGCACUGGAACUUGGGCCGGGCAAAGAAAGAAGCUGCGAUUCGAAAGACUCUGGAGGAAGGAAGUCGUGCGUUUCUCGCGCUCGGCUCGCGGCGCGGCUGUGGCCGCAGGCGGAGUGUCAGUGGAGUCAUCUGCGGUGUUUGCUGGCUGUGGGGUACCGCGACAGAUUCCACUGCGACGACGCAGAGAUGCGGAGCGUGGACGCGUCCUGGGCUUUGGUUACUCUUGUGGCAGAAGUGAUUAAAACGGGAACGAAUUCGCGGGAGAGUCUCCGGCGGCGCGACGACCUCUUGAAACCGGCGAAGACUGUCUCGACUCCGACAGCAGAGACUGCUGAGAAGGGUCUGCACAUCAAGUCGAGCAACGACUUGCUCGAUGUCUGCCUCAUCUGCAUGCAUCCGCUCUUCCUCCAAGCGGUCGCCGAGGCGCUGGCCUUCGCUUUCUACCGGCCAGACUUCCACCCUUUGAUCUUUCGAAGUCAGGAACGGAUCUGGCGAGCCUUCGCCGUCCUGGGUCUGUCGGCGCCCUACGUCGGGCUCACGAAGUUCAUCCUCGAGUCGCGACCCUCCGGUCAAACGAACUCUCAGGCGUCGAACGCCUUUCAACUGCAGAGCAGUUCUGCAGUCCAUCCCACAGCCCCGCUGUCUCCGUCGGCGAGUGUGGGUGCACCCGCUCUUCCCCUCUCUCUGGAUCCUGCGGUUUCGCUGGAAGCCGCGCCUGCUGCUGCAACGCCUGCGUCGUCUGCGCGCUCGCAUGAAGAGCCUUCGCCGUGUGUCUCGUCUUCCCAUCCCUCCCCUGCUGGGCGUCGAGAAUCGUUCAGCCUGGAGACUUUGAGAACUCUGGGGCCUUCAAGGGAGACAAGUUCAACUCAGAUGUCUUUGCGGCAGGGGGUCCACGUUUCAGGUGAAGAUGGGGAGGAUGUUCGUGAGAGAAAACUUGCGGGUCCGGACGAGGUGGCGAGUGCACAGAACUCCUCGGACGUUGGACCUGCUGCAUCCCUGCCGUCUUCGCUGUCACUCCGAGCGGCGGCGGCUCCCGGAGGAGACGCGUUCACCUCUGCCGGGACGCUCGGGAGCAAUUUUCCAGGCUUUCCAGGACCUUCUUUUCAAAGCGCGCCGCCCUCGACUACCUCCCCGUCUCUUCCGCCCGAGCGCGAAGGCUCCGUCGGCUUCCCGCCGUGUCCGCCCUCCCCAGGUGUACGCGCACUCGGACCGCCUGGGCCAGGGAGUUGUCGACUCCAGAAGCGAGACUUGGGCAGUGUGGAAGCUGAUCGGCUUCCAGGUGGAAAGGCGCCUGACGAUCCUCGUCAGAAGCGUCGAAAGGCGGGAGGCGGCCUGGACAUUCCUCUCUCGAAGCUGGUGGCGUACGCGGCAGGAAGUUCCUCGACUUUCUCUGGAUCUCUGGGGGUGCCGCCGACCGAGUGUGUGUCUCCGCGUCCACCCGUAAAGACAGGUUUGUUUUGGCGCUCUUUGGAGGACUUGACGAGCACCCAGUCGUUUCUCUCCGCCUACCUCCCGCGCUUCCACAGCGCCCUGUACACGCAGAGCACGCAGCGUCUGCAGGCCUUCUUCGACCUCGCCCGCGCCGCAGCCACUGCGAGUUCGGAAGAGCGAAACUGUUCGCUGGCCGAGGCAGUCGCAGCAGCUGCACUCGCGGGCAGCGAGUGCGACUUGCUCUCUGCCUCAGCGAGUUGGAGCGCCGAAGACAACGCGCUCAAGCUGCGCGCCGUUCCUUCCAAACCGGCUGCGCUCCUGGAGACGCUGCCUUGCGAGUCGGGGACGGCGGGCGCGCCAGACAGUCAACGAGCUGCAGCGAUUGUCGGCGGCUUGAAGACUCCCCAGGGUGCCCUUCUGAAGGAUCGACUUCGAGAGCUUGCUCGAGAGGCGGCGGGUGCGUGGUUGCCUGGACUGGGUGCGCCGGACCUGCCCCGCGGAGGCCAUGCGUCGACAGAAGAAGAGGGUCUCCAGGACGCGCAUAUCCCUCUCGACUGUCUCUCCGCGACCAUUGCGGCGCUCACGCUCCCGCAUCCCGGCGAGAGUGGCCUGGCGGCCGCAACGCAAGGCUCGCGUCCGGACUCUGGGCGCUGCAAGGAGGAAGACAGCGAGAACACCGGAGAGCCGCAGCCUCUCGCAGCGGGUGUCUCUCCACCUGCGCACCCUGUAGAGAAUGUGCCAGUGGGAGAAAAGGCCUCUGAGACUGCAGACGCGCUCCUGGCGAACCUGCUAGGGAAGCCUCUCCCGCCAGUUGCCGCGAGUCCGCGAGAAGGCCAGACCCGCCUCAGUCUCCCUCCUCUGGCCAAGGGGGCAGCAGUCGCGACAGCCGGGACCGGAGGCGUGGUGGCAUUUUGCGCGAGAUUUCGCGCGGCUGUGCAGAACUGCGGGGACGAAGGUGUCUGUCGAAGACUCCUCGUUGCAGGGCGAACAGAAAUUGUGCUGGCCAGGCUGGUUCUCACGUGUCUUCUGCCACUCACCUCCAAGUCCGAAGCUUUUCGCGCUCUCCAGCACAGCAUUCUCCGCCGCGUCGCGUCCCAGGCUCAGACGCUGCUUCUUCUCUCGUCGGAGAAGACAGGCAGGGAGUCGGAGGGAGCCGCUGAGAACAGCGAGGAGACAGAGUCACAUGCAAGUCGAGACUCCAAAGCACCUGAGAAGAAAGUUUCGCGGGGUCGUCUCCUUUCUCUCGCAGAAGUCGACUGGCUCUUCCUCAUGACCCUGCGAACUUUCGUUCGCCUGGCGUCUCUGCCGCACGACGGAGAUGAUGUCCCAGGGAGUCCGCUCGACAGAGAAGGAGGAUCUGCAGAGAGCAUGCCUCCCGGAUUUUUCUGGCCGAAUGUCUUGGUGGAGUUGACGAAGCUGUUGAGUCUCCUCGCGGAACGCCAUCCUCUCUUUCUGCAGUUCACCGUCGACCUCCUCAAGGUGCCGGCAGUUGUGCGCGCCGUUGGCGCACGGGCCUCCAAUCUCCUGAUGCAUGCAUGGAAGCAGGGGAAGCAACAUUUCAGCAAGCGACCUAGGAGCGCUGAAAGCCUCAUGUUCGCUAAGAGUUUCGGAGAAGCCAUGCGCCUUUCUCGAGUGGACAUAUCUCCGGCUGAGCUUGCUGAGCUCACAGGCCUGCCAGGAGUCGACCUUCCGCCUAGCCACAUGGCGGCGUCGACGGACUCCGCACCGCCGGUCGAGCUUCUCCAAACCUGGCCAGAAGCACGGUCAACAGAGAGCGGAGUUUAACUGCAGCUGCGCCACCCACGUUUCUCAGUUCGGUGACUCCAGUUAAGCGCCGCGAUACCACGAGCAGGCGUUCCGAAGUUCGUCGCAUGCACUCAGGUCACGGGUUGGUGGCGACUCGAGAGGCUGAUGGGUUGUGAGCAGAAAUCCGUCGGGUCCUGUGGGGUAGCAGAGUUGAGGCAAGUGAGGAGAAGGGAAGUUGCAAAGAAAAGGGAUGUUUAGCAGGGAAGUUCGCGUUUCCCGUCGCGGUGCCGGGUUUAUUUGGGUUAAGAAACAUGGAUUCUACUCGAAAUGCGCUGUCUCGACCUAGGCACUUGUUCUGCGGCACCGCUUCCCUGGCGCGCCUCAUUCGUGCAGGCCAUAGGGAAGAGAGGCAAAUAAGGCGUUUCAAGUUCAAGGUUUUACGCGUUCCGUUAUCAGGCGAGUGGCGCACUCUCGACUGCCGCGAGGAAAAUGGACAUCUGCAUGCGUUCGCCUUUCGCAAGUGCGUCGGACGCACAGCGUUGCUCCCAUGUUCGCGGUGGCGGCACAGGCAGGUACCUGCCUGUGGAUGGCCAAGUCCGAUCCGCGGAACAGGCGUUUUUGUGGCUGUGUAGCUGGUUGCUUCAGAGAGUUUUGAGCACAGAUCGCCGCAUGGUCGCUCCUGCGAUGACUCAGUAUUCGGUGACUGCACCGGCUUUCCACUGAGGAAUGAACCUCUCUGUGCCAUAGACGUGGAGUCUGUUUCAGCGCCAACUGCCAAGCG